UGAUUGGCUGUGCUGCAGGUAAACACGGAAGUGUGAGAGCAGAGCGUGUGGGGCUGCAGACCGAACAAACGGAGCAAACCGGAGGAGUCAGCCGUAAAUUUAAACUUUAGUUUGGUCUCGGUCUGGUGUGCCGGUGCUGCGGGAGGCACACCUGGCCGGCGGAGGAGGCAGUUGGACACACACACUCCUCUGUGGUCCGCUCAGCCUGCCCCUGCGUCCCCCUCUGGGCCGCGAGCCCCCAGUUGAGACCCUCUGCCGUGUUCGUCUCUGUGCGGCGUUCAGCGAGCCGCCAUGUCCGCCGCCCUCCUGUCCCGCGGUGACGGCGGCGCCGUGGCGACGCUCCACCUGCAGUGCCCGCUCUGCGGCCACUUCUCCAAGAGCCACGCCCACCUGCUGGCGCACACGGCGGCCGCUCACCCCGCCCAGCUGGACCACAUGGCGUUCGGUCGCCUCGGCAACGUGCUGCUGUACCAGAGCACCGCCCGCCUGUUCCACUGCAACGACUGCUUCUACACCACCAAGGAGUUCACCAAGCUCUACAACCACGUCAUCUCCAAACACUGCACCGACGGCGAGAAGGAGGCCGAGGGCGGGGCCGGGCCGGAGGCCGAGGGCGGGGCCGGGCCGGAGGCCGAGGGCGGGCCAGGGCCGGACGGCGAGGCCGAGGGCGGGGACGGCGGGAGCGAGGGCGCAGAGAAGGCGGAGGACAAAACAGGAGAGGAGGGGGAGGAGGAGAGGGAGCAGGGAGACAAGGAGGCGGAGGGCAAGAAGGAGAGCGCCGCCAAGAGGAAGAGGAGCAGUGAGGGCGAGGAGGAAGAGGAGGAGGAGGGCGAGGCCAACGAGGAGGACGGCGCCGACCAGCGGCCGGACCCCGGCAAGGCGGACGGCGAGGGCGAGGACGGCGUGCUGCUGUUCGACGGCGGCGGCUACCGCUGCCUGAUCUGCGGCUGGAGGAACAAGCUGAAGGCGCUGGGCAUCAACCACGUGGUGCGCCGCCACGACAUCCCCAAGGCCUACGCCGCCCACGCCGUCAAACGAGACGCCGCCUCCGCCGCCGCCGCCGCCACCGCCACGCCCAAACCCGCCCACAGCACCGCCGAGGAGGAGGAGGCCAGCAGCAGCGAGCUGCUGAAGGAGGAGAUGGAGGCGACGGCCAAAGUCGUUCGAUUCAUCGCAAACCGCUUCGUCUGCCUGAUCUGCGGCUGGAAGACCAAACUGAAGGGCUUCGCCAUCAGCCACGUGGUGCGCAGCCACGACGUGGAGCGUCCGUACGGCUGUAAGGAGUGUGGGCGGAGCUUCUUCCUGCCCAGCCACCUGCAGCAGCACGUGCGGGCGCUGCACCGGCCCGGGCGCUACGCCUGCCCCUUCUGCUGCUUCAGGUCCCACUUCCUGGGCGGCUUCCGGCGCCACUGCAGCCGCUGCAACGCCCGCAGCCAGGAGGAGGGCGGCGAGGGCGAGGGCGAGGAGGGGCCCGACGAGGACGCCGCCGACGCCAAGGAGUAGAAACAAUGAAACCGGUCAUUCGUUGGCUGCUGUUAAAGGGACAGUCCACCGUUUUGGACAAAUUCUCCUUUCCCUCCUCCACAGAGUCCAGAUGUUGGACACCGUUUCCACCUCUGGACGUCCACUGGCUCACUUCCUCUUGGUAGCAUUUCCUGUUAGCUUAGCAUUAAGACUUGAAGUCUAUGGGAGUGGUUAGCCUGGUUCCAUCAAAGUGGUCAAGACGACCACAUGUGGUGUUAACCCUUUGAAACCCGGAUGGAUGUCAGAUUCCCUGUUGACCUGCUUGUGACAGGCGCCUGAACGCAGCAUGUGACCCAGUUUGCCUUUUUGUUUUUGUUUUGUUUUGUUUUUUGUUUUUUGAAAACAUGGGAAAAUAGACAAUGGGCAGCUUAAUAAGCAAUGACCCCAAAAAUUUGAGAGAAAUAACAAAAAAAAGUUAUAAGAAAAUGACUCGGAAAUUAGCUAAAGAAAGGAAAGAAACAAGAAUACAAAGGAAAAACAAAUCUGAAAUUACGUUUAAAAAAAAAAGCCCUGAAAAUUAAAAUAAAAUGAAGAAGAAAAUUACCUUAAAAU